AUGAUAGUGGAGGAUGAGUGCGGAGUAAACCUAGAAAACUUCUACAAGACCUUGGCAACAGUUUCAGAGGUUAGCGUGGAACAAUUGGACACUAGGGGAGACUUUUCUCAAUUUAUUUCUAACUUCCGUGCCUUACAAAGCAAGGCCACUCAUAUCACUUUAAGGAAUGAUUUAAUCAAACACCACUGGGACCUUAAAGGCAGAUCAGACUUGUGA